AUUGCGGGGGGUGGGGUUAGAUCGCCGCCAUGAUGGCGGGGGGGGGUUCCGUGUUGGGGAAGGAGAAUCGCUCCCCUGGGCCCAACCACACCGGGAAGGGCUGCUUCCAUUAUGGACGGGUCCCGGUUCGGACCCGGUGCCGCCGGGAUGGACCUGGAGAACGGCCCGGAUCGGGCUGCAGCGCUGCGAACCGCGGGCAGCAAAGUGACACAGACAUAGAGCAGCCCCCACCCCCAGCGCUGGAUGCAGACAUCACUGUCACCGUCACCCCGUCACCUAUUGCCACCCCUGUGCGGGGGGCUGUGGGGCACGGGCCCUGUUUGGCCCGCAGGGUGCCCGCCCGUGCCCCCCCCUCUGCCAAAGGACCCUCCCCACUGAGCACUGCAGGGACCCAAACCACACUGCCUGCCCCCCUCCGUACCCAGGAGAACACGUCCAUGGGGCUGAGGGUCCCCAAGAAGAAUGGCACCCCAGGCUCCUCCAGCGCUGGCUUGACUCUCCGUGUCUCUGCCACCAAGCACAUGCGUUCUGCCCCCACCGCUCAGUGCUCCCUCUGCACACCAAGCCUCACCCCUUGCAGCUCCCAGCCACGUGCCCUGCAGGUGGGGGGCAGCUUAAGCACUGGGGAGGGGUCCCAACCUGUCCCCUCUAUCCGUGCUGAUGGUGUUGUCCCCUCGGAGACCCCCCUGCGCUGGCGGCCAGCUGUGACCCUCCAGCCUGACACUGCUGAUGACAACGAGCUGACCCCAUCCUGGGGUAAGGUGGUGGUGCAGCUCUUCAAGGGGAAUGAAGGCCAGCAGGACACUGAGGUGACAGUGGCACUUCCCAGCAGCACCCCAGGCCCCAGCAAGGCACAGCGAGCAGCCCAGCUCCUGGGCCAGCUGCAGCAGAUGGUGCAGGAUCGACCAGCUGCCAUCACGGUGCUGACGGAGCUGUGGGGGCUUAUGGCUGAGUGGGGGGUGGACCCCAAGCCCCAGGACCCCCUGGACACCCACAGUCUCUCCUCGUAACUGUGACCUACGUGGGGGCUGAGCUGCAUCUCUGUGAGCAAAGGGAGCAGGUGAGGGCACAGGCAGACCCUCCUGCUGGUGGCCAAGGGGCUGGUGGGGGGCACAGAAAGACCCCAGCAUCAGGCAGAGCCCGCUCCAUGCAGGGCAGUGUUGGGUGUUCUGGGCACAAGGAGGGUGGGAAGGGGGGGGAAUGAUGCUGAAAAAAGUGUGAAUAAAGUAUUUUCUGCUUUGC